GGGGUAAUUGCUUUGGCAUUUAUGAUGCCUCCUCAUUUACCUGAGCAGAGCGGUACAACACUGACUGUCAACCCUCAGUUCGAAGUGGCAUAUUUGUUUACUCCCACUAAAGUAGCCGGUUUAAGGCCCAAUAUGAGUGAAAUACAACCCCCAAGAAAUGCCUCAUGGCUCAUGUGCCCUAAAGUUUGUAACCCCUCGUGAGCGCGCGCACACCAACACAGGGGGGUUGACGUCCAGACUAAGCUUUCCCGGGUCAAAUCCUUCGAGUUCUUCCUCUUGGGACUGUCCGCUGCCAACUUGGAGGAAAUUGUCCUCGUGAACAUCUACGAUAUUAUCAUCCUCAAGACCUCCACCAUCGACAAUUGGUUGUGCGAAAUGCUCCAGUUCCUGACAAUGUUUGGAGAAAUCGCCAGCAUCUUCUUCACCGUCCUCAUCUGCAUCUUUCGUGGACAGAAGCUGAGAGACGUCGACAAGAGGGUCAACCCGAUCUACCUGGACAACACCAGGUCGGCCUGGAUGGUGAGCGGGCUUUUUGUGAUGCUCGCCACGCUGCUUUGUCUCCCAGUUUUUGCAAUCAAGCCUCAAGACCUUCAGGGAAACACAACAAUGAAUAGCAGCAGCUGCCCUCCCAACUUCUUUCAGUGUAUUGGAAACGAUUGCCCCAUACUCAACCGUGUUUACAAGUACACGUUCAUCGUGGUGUGCUACCUGCUGCCUCUGAUCAUCGUCACAGUCACCAGCUGCCUCAUCAUCGCGGUGCUGCUGAGCCGGAGGAAGACGGUCACACCUGGGGCGAGCGAGACUGGGUCGAGUCAGUUCAGUACGAAGAACAAGGACCAGAAGCUCAAGCGGAGCACCAUAGCUGUGCUGGCAGCGAUGGGGUUGUUCCAGGUAGACUGGAGUCUCUACCUGAUCUUCCAGCUGACCGUCAGCCACUCUGACUAUGCGUUUUGGGCUGAGACUGAGUUUUUUCUCACAACUUCCUACACAUCUAUCAGUCCCUAUGUGUACGGGAUCGGGAAUAACCUGUUUUUAUGCAAGAACUUUAUGAAGAAGUAACUUGAAGAUUUUCUUCUGUAUUUAAGAUUGGGACACACAUCUUUUGACAUUUUUAGAAACCUCACCUUGCUCAGACCUUUUUCUGUAACUGUCAUUGGUAAACAGAUUAAAGCAUUGUGUUACAAUUAAAUAUAUUUGUUUAGAUCUUGACAUUUUUUAUUAGAUGUUAUGCAACUUAUCUUUUUGCAUUGUUUUGCUAUUAAAAGUCGUUUUCAGUCCCAACGUUUUAUAUUUAAAAAAAAAGAAAGGGUUUUAAUCAGCAAUACCUUUAAUUGUUGGCAAAAGCAUUAAAGGAUUGCCAUUUUCUAAGCUGAAAAAUAAAAUGUUUUUUGUUCCUAAAGAAGCUCUCUUUCUGCCUGCAGUUGGAGGAGGGCAAGCACAUCUUAUGUGAUGCAGUGUAACACAAAAUAAAUACUAAAGACAUUGCAAGUUCCUGUUUCGCUAUGA